AUGGAGGAAGAUAAGUCAGGGAAUUCGCUGCAAACUGCAGGAACCGAUGGCAAGAAACGCAAUAUUUCGUAUUUUUAUGAACCAACAAUAGGUGAUUAUUAUUACGGCCGAAGUCAUCCGAUGAAACCACAUAAAAUUCGUAUGGCACACAGCUUAAUAGUUGGUUAUGAGCUUGAUAAAUCAAUGGAAAUCUGUAAACCAUAUGAAGCUACACCUAAAGAUAUUGCCAAGUUCCAUUCAGAUGAUUACGUUGAGUUUUUGUCUGCUGUUAGUCCGGAAUCUUUAUCUGAUCAUAAGAGGUUUAAUGUUGGUACUGAGGAUUGUCCUGUUUUUGAAGGUUUGUUUGAGUUUUGUCAAGCUUCUGCUGGUGGUUCUAUUGGUGCUGCUACUAAACUGAAUAGAGGGGAUGCUGAUAUAGCUUUGAAUUGGGCUGGGGGUUUGAAUCAUGCUAAAAAGUGUGAAGCCUCAGGGUUUUGUUAUGUUAAUGAUAUCGUUCUUGGAAUUCUUGAAUUGCUCAAGGAUCAUCAACGUGUUUUGUAUGUCGAUAUCGAUGUGCACCAUGGAGAUGGAGUGGAGGAGGCAUUUCUCACUACAAACAGAGUCAUGACUGUCUCGUUUCACAAAUUCGGGAACUAUUUUCCAUGGACUGGUCAUCUUAAGGACAUUGGUAAAGGUACUGGAAAGAAUUAUGCACUCAAUGUACCUCUCGAUGAUGGUAUUGACAAUGAGAGCUUUAAAGGUUUGUUUCGGCCUAUUAUUGGGAAAGUCGUGCAAGUUUAUCAGCCAGAAGCAGUUGUUCUUCAAUGUGGCGCAGAUUCAUUAUCUGGUGAUAGAUUAGGUUGUUUCAACUUGUCUAUUAAGGGUCAUGCGGAUUGUCUAAGAUAUCUUAGGUCCUUCAACGUGCCUUUGAUGGUCUUAGGUGGUGGAGGCUAUACCAUACGUAAUGUCGCACGUUGUUGGUGCUACGAGACAGCAAUUGCAGUAGGAGCUGAUGAGAAGCUUGAUAAUAAUCUGCCUGCUGGCAACAAAUACAUGGAGUACUUUGGUCCAGACAAUAUUCUCCAUUUCGAAACAAGCAGAAUGGAGAAUAAAAAUUCGGCUGAAGAUUUGGAAAAAUUAAGGAACUCUCUGUUGGAGCGACUGACGAAGAUGGUGCAUGCUCCAAGUGUACAGUUUCAGGAGAGACCACACACAACUGAACCCCCAGCGGAGGAAGAGGAAGAUAUGGAUGAAAGGUGA